CAAGGCUUGACUGGCCAGGCCACCAUCCGCCUUUCAAGCUUCAAUUAGUCCGCUGCAUUUUGGGAGAUUUGCGUUCCAGGAAACAGCAGGCCGGCGGAGAAAAUGGAGGUUUUUUAUAAACACUUUUCCUUGAGAGCCUGUUUCCUAGCCCUGUGGAUUAUUCUGGUCCAAGCAAGCAGGCUCCAUAUUGUGUCCAUCCCGGAGACCCCCGCCGAAGGCCAGAAUGUCACUUUCUCUGUGGAAAGAGUGCAGGGCAACAUCCGUGAGGUCAACUGGUACCGAGGGAUGGCCUCUCAGGGGUCUACAAGGAUCUUCACCUUUUUCCCUAGAAACCCCCGUCCUCAGCGCAACGGGGUUCAAUUUACCAACAGAGAAUUUGGUUUCCACAACGGCUCUAUCCAGAUCACUGGGCUGAAGCCCAGUGAUGUCGGCCAGUACAACGUUGUGAUUAUACUGCGGCCCCAAGAAAUUCUCAACGCCUCCGUUGAGCUCCGGUUGGGUACACCAUCUGUGGCCACGUCGACAGCAACUACGGUGACCACAGCAACAACCACAGGGACCUCACCCCUUAUGGAAGUUCCCAAGGAGCCUUCGAAGUUGGGCUGGAUCGUGGCCGGAGUGCUUGUCGGCGUUUUGCUAUGCGGGGCACUGGUAGCCAUUAUGGUUUACCGGUUUGUUUUACAGAAAUCCGAACACAGCACAGGGUAG